AUGGCAAGCAUCCGCUUCAUUUCCUCGAGAAUCAUCCAGGCAGGGAGCCGAAGCAAAGAAACCGACAGGAUAGAUCUAACUCCAUGGGAUCUGAAACACCUUUUAGUCGGCUACUUGCAGGCAGGAUUGCUCUUCCAUAAGCCCAAACUGCCGGAGGCCUUGAUCCAUCACUUGCAAACCUCCCUUUCACGUACGCUAGACUUCUUUCCUCCGCUCGCGGGUCGCCUUGCCACCAUUGAACAUGAAGAUAAAACUACUUCUUUUUUCAUUGACUGCAACAAUGCCGGAGCCUUAUUUGUCCAUGCCACAGCUGAGAAUGUAAACAUUUCUGAUCUCGUGGAACCUGUCUAUGUUCCCGAAACCGUCGACGCCUUUUUCCAAUUAGAUGGCGUUAAGAAUAUUGAGGGCACUUCAAAACCAUUGCUUGCAGUGCAAGUAACUGAGCUUGUUGAUGGUAUUUUCAUUACUUGCAGUGCCAAUCAUUCUGUUGUUGAUGGUGCCUCGUUUUGGCAUUUCUUUAAUUCUUGGUCUGAAAUUUCUCGUGGUUUUGAUUAUUUAUCUAGACCUCCCAUAUUUAAGAGACCACUUAUUGAUGAUAUACAUUACCCUAUUCGGAUUCCUUUACAAAAGGAGCACAUUCAAGAACGGUUCUUUCAACCUGGUAAUUUGAAAGUAAGAGUUUUUAAUUUCAGAAAAGAGAGCAUUGUGAGGAUAAAAAGAAAAGCUAAUGCUGAGAUGAACACCGACAAGAUUUCCUCUCUUCAAGCACUCUUGUCUCUGUUUUGGCAAUCCAUCAUGCGGAAUAGGCGGAUGGACCCGAAUCAAGAGACCAUGAUUUUUUUAGUGAUUGGUGUUAGACAAAAACUGCAGCAGCUGUCAGAAGAAUACUUUGGAAAUGCAAUUCAUAGUGCAGAGGUGAGUUUGAAAGCAGGGGAGCUGGUGGAGAAGGGGCUAGGAAACGCUGCAUGGGAAAUAAACCAGGUUGUUGCAAAUCACAGAGAGGAAAACUUCAUAAAUUUUGUCAAGUGGUGGGUGAAUAGUCCUUUGCUAUUCCAAACAGGGCCGAUGAUGAAUAAUGCUUUGUUAACAGGAAAUUCACCCAGGUUCGAUAUAUAUGGCAAUGAUUUUGGAUGGGGAAGACCGAUUGCAAUGAGUCAUGGGGCAGAGUCCAAGUGUGAUGGGCUGGUGACGGUGUCUCCGGGAGUUGAAGAAGGAGAUAUUGAGAUUAAAGUUUGCCUAUCGCCUAAGACAAUUCAGGCCAUGGAAAACGACGAAGACUUCAUUGCUGCAUUAAACAUAUGA